UUGGCAAUGUUUUCCCGCCAAUUCGCAGCAACCAAACACAUUGGUGCGACAAUUCUUGAAGUUUAUAUUUUGGAAUUAAAUAACGUAUAAUAUAUUACUAUUAGUUAAAAAUGACAGAGGCAGAACAAUAUAUAAGAGAUAUUCAGCGGGAGUAUUUGGAUUUUCUCGAUGAUGAAGAAGACCAAGGAAUAUAUGCUGGCUAUGUGAAAGAGAUGAUAUCCGAAAAAAGUCGAAGGCUUAUUGUCAAUGUUAACGAUUUAAAGCGAAAAAAUCCGCAAAGAGCACAGGGGUUGCUGAAUAAUGCAUCCGAUGAACAAUUAGCAUUUGGACGCGCUCUUAAAGAAUACGUUUCUACUGUGGAUCCGUCGUUAGCUAAACAACAUGAAGAUUUUUUUGUGGGGUUCGAAGGCUGUUUUGGUAACAGGCACGUAACGCCUCGAUCUUUGACAUCAAUUUACAUUGGGAACUUAGUAUGUGUUGAAGGCAUAGUAACCAAAGUAUCGCUCAUACACCCAAAGGUGGUGCGCAGCGUUCAUUAUUGCCCCGCAACUAAAAAAGUCUUAGAACGUAAAUAUACUGAUCUUACAUCAUUUGAAGCAGUUCCAUCCACUGCUGUGUACCCAACUAAAGAUGAAGAUGGAAAUUUAUUGGAAACCGAAUUCGGACUAUCCGUUUACAAAGAUCAUCAGACAUUGACCAUACAAGAAAUGCCAGAGAAAGCCCCAGCUGGUCAAUUGCCACGAUCUGUUGAUAUUAUAUGUGAUGAUGAUCUAGUUGAUCGUUGUAAGCCAGGCGAUCGUGUACAAAUAGUGGGCAAUUAUCGUUGCUUGCCGGGUAAGCAAGGUGGAUAUACUUCAGGGACUUUUCGUACAGUUUUAUUGGCUAACAACAUAUCACUCUUGAGCAAGGAAAGUAACUUGGAUAUAACACAUGAAGAUAUCAUAUUGUGUAAGAGAUUAGCAAAAAAUAAUGAUAUAUUUGAAUUAUUAUCAAAGAGCUUGGCACCUUCAAUACAUGGGCAUACCUAUGUAAAACAAGCAAUAUUGUGUUUAUUACUUGGAGGUGUUGAGAAAGUUUUACCGAAUGGUACACGUUUGCGUGGAGAUGUAAAUAUUUUACUAAUUGGUGAUCCUAGUGUAGCGAAAUCUCAACUACUUCGAUAUGUACUAAAUACAGCUCCACGAGCAAUUCCUACGACAGGUCGUGGCUCAAGUGGUGUCGGUCUCACGGCUGCUGUAACGACAGAUCAAGAGACGGGCGAACGACGUCUAGAGGCAGGUGCUAUGGUACUAGCUGAUCGAGGUGUAGUUUGUAUUGAUGAAUUUGACAAAAUGAGCGAUAUUGAUCGUACAGCUAUACAUGAAGUAAUGGAACAGGGUCGCGUAACAAUAUCUAAAGCCGGUAUUCACGCAUCAUUAAAUGCUCGCUGCUCAGUACUGGCAGCAGCUAAUCCUGUUUAUGGAAGAUACGAUCAAUAUAAAACACCAAUGGAAAAUAUUGGAUUGCAGGAUUCUCUUCUAUCUCGUUUUGAUUUACUGUUUGUUAUGUUGGAUGUUAUUGACAGUGAUAUCGACCAAAUGAUAUCAGAUCAUGUUGUUCGUAUGCACAGAUAUAGAAAUCCCAAAGAAACUGACGGAGAACCACUGUCAAUGGGUAGUUCAUAUGCUGAUUCUCUAUCGUUUGCAUCAAAUAAUGAAGAAAAAAAAAAUGCAGAAAUUUAUGAAAAAUACGACGCUCUCUUGCAUGGUAAAUCUAGAAAACGUCAUGAAAAAAUCUUAUCAGUCGAUUUUAUGAGAAAAUAUAUUCAUAUUGCAAAAUGUAUGAAACCGAAACUAACUGAAGAAGCAAGCGAAGUUAUUUCAAACGAGUACUCACGUUUACGUUCCCAAGAGAGUGUGCAAUCUGAUGUCGCACGAACUCAACCUGUAACUGCUCGUACACUUGAAACACUUAUACGUUUGUCAACAGCACAUGCCCGUGCUCGACUAUCUAAAAAUGUAACAACUGAUGAUGCAGUAGCUGCAAUUGAGUUGGUACAGUUCGCUUAUUUCAAAAAAGUGCUUGGAAAAGAUAAAGGCCAUAAACGACGUCGCAAUGGCGAAACAUCCGAAGAAGAAGAAGACGAAGUAACACCGAGAUCGCCAUCUCGACGUACCAAACGAACUCGUACAGAACGUACUGAUGCAUCUGGAACUACAUAUGAUACCGAAGAUGAGAUAGAAACACCACAACCUGAUGCUGGAGAUCUCACACUCCGCGAUACUAGAAGAUCUAUAACAUCUAGUCGAACUACACGUGCCGGUCGUUCUGCAACUCAAUCUAGCACAGAUAAUUCCAGUGGACAGAAUGGUGCAGCAGAACCUGCUACUAUAACAGACGCGCGCCUAGGUAUUUUCAAGAAUAGCCUUCAUAAAGUAUUUAGGGAGGCUCGCGAGCAAAGUUUGUCAUUAACACGCAUUACUGAGGCAAUUAAUAAAAAUAAUGAUGAACAAUUCUCUGAUGGAGAAAUUGAAGCAGCAGUACAUCGAAUGACAGAAGAUAACCAAAUAAUGGUUGCCGAUGGAAUUGUAUUUUUAAUAUAAUUUUUAACUUAUUAAUUUAUAGAUUAAGUUUGUCAUGUUUUCUUCUUUCCUAUUUUAUGCCUUUAAUAAAAAUUUAUUAUGUU